AUGAAGAUCAAGGCCAUUUCUCGGAGCGUGGAGGCCUACCAGCCUCCAGGCGCAAACGCGCAAAAGCUUCCUCGCAACCUCGAUCCCGCCCAGCACCCUAUGGAGCGCGCCAGAGAGUACACCAAAGCCCUGAACGCUGUCAAGCUCGAGCGCAUGCAUGCCGCACCUUUCAUCGGACAGAUGGGCAGCGGCCAUGUCGAAGGAGUUUACUCGAUGGCUAAAGAUCCGAACUCUCUCAAGCACAUGGCAUCGGCCAGUGCCGACGGUGUGAUCAAAGCUUUCGACUUGACGAGCCGAGCCGAGAUUUGGCAGACGAAGAGCGCCCAUUCCAACAUCGUACGGAGUCUCUGCUGGACGAAGGACGGAAAGCUUCUGAGUGCUGCGGCGGACAAGACCAUCAAACUCUGGGAUCCCUACAACACGCCUGGCGAUUCUCCGCCGAUCUCCUCAUGGCUGGGUACGAAUGGUUUCCUCAGCUUGUCCCACCACCGAACGCGAAACGCCUUUGCAGCCUCGUCUUCCUCCAGUGAGAUCGCUAUUUACGACCUCGAGCGACAAAGUGCGGCGCCCGAGGUGCUGCGCUGGCCGAACGCGACCGACUCCAUCAACUGUGUUUCCUUCAACCAGGUCGAGCAAUCCGUUCUAGGAAGUACAGGCGACGACAGGAGUAUCGUCCUCUGGGACGUCCGUACUGCGAUGCCCUUGACCAAGACGACGAUGACGUUUACCUGCAACUCUCUCGCCUGGAACCCGAUGGAAGCCUUCAACUUUGUCGUUGGUAGCGAAGACCAUAACUGCUACAUGUUCGACAUGCGCAAGAUGGACAGAGCGCUCAACGUCUUCAAGGGCCACGUCGCCGCCGUCAUGAGCGUCGAGUUCAGCCCGACAGGUGAAGAAUUGGUUUCCGGAUCCUACGACCGAACAGUGCGCAUCUGGAACCGGGACCAAGGACACUCCCGCGACAUGUACCACACCAAGCGCAUGCAGAGGGUGUUCAGCACCAUGUUCUCCCCCGAUUCGAAGUAUGUUCUCAGUGGUUCCGACGACGGUAACGUCCGUGUCUGGAGAAGCAACGCCACGGACAGAUCAGGCAUCCGAUCCGCCAAGCAGAGACAGGCGCUCGAGUACAAUGAGGCCCUGGUUGAGCGAUAUAGCCACAUGCCGGAGGUCAGACGUAUCAAGAAGCACCGUCACCUGCCCAAGGUUAUCAAGAAGGCGGGCGAGAUCAAGAACAUUGAGCUCUCGUCAAUCAAGAGGCGCGAGGAGAACGAGCGCAGGCACACCAAGAAGCAGUUCGAGAGGCGGAAGGGCGAGAGAGAAAAGCAGAUCUUGGCCCGGGAGAACUUGACGGCGGCGCUGACGGGAGCGGGGUCUCGGCUCGUCUGGCCGUGGAAGAUGGGCGGCUGCCAGGGGCUCCGGGGUGUUUUAGUGGUCGUCCCACCAGGGGUUUCCAGGGGAAGCUGCCACCAGGGAGGGGCCCCUAGGACGCUUGGCCACCGUUUCAACGCCUCAGGUCCAUCCACAUGUGACGAGUUCCCGCCAGAGCGUCAAGCUCCCUUGGUGGCCCAAUCGAGGUUUGGCUGUGCGCUUCUUCGUCUCAUCUUUAGCUCCUACACUGCUCGACCCCUCGCACCACCACCACGACCGUUACCACCAGCCAUCCUCCCCCAGACGUCCGCGAUGGAAUACCCACGCCCACCCCAAAGCGACUCGUGGUUCGCGCCGCUCUCCCUCGACCUCCUCGUCAAGGUCUUCAAAAUCACCUUCUUUCACCCCUUCGUCUCGUGGAUCAUCCCCCUCUGCUUCCGCGCCCAAGCCCUCCGCUGGGAUGCCCCGCCCAUGCUCGUGUCCAUCGCCUGGGCAUGCUUCAUCACCGUCUGCUGGAUCGCGCAAGCGGUCAACCUGCGCAUCGCCUACGGCCUGCCACGCGAGGUUGACCUCACCGAGGAGGUAAUCGUCAUCACGGGUGGCGCCAGCGGCUUGGGUCUCCUCAUUGCCGAGGUGUACGGCAUGCGCGGCGCGACCGUGGCGGUGUUGGACGUAAAUGACAUGGAGAACGGCGAAGCGCGGGGCGUGACCUUCUACAAGUGCGAUGUGACGGAUAAGGCACAAGUUGCGAGGGUUGCGGCGCAGAUCGAAAGAGAUCUCGGCACCCCAACCGUCCUUAUCAACAACGCCGCCAUCGUUAAGGGCAAGUCCCUCCUCGACCUCGAGUUCGAAGAGAUUGAAAAGUCCAUCACCACGAACCUGACCGCACACUUCUACACCCUAAAGACCUUCCUCCCGCCCAUGAUCCGCGGCGGCAACGGCGGCACCAUCGUCACAAUGUCCUCGGUCCUCGGCCACCUCGGCGCCGCCUCCCUGACAGACUACGCCGCCGCAAAGGCCGGCGUCACGGCCCUGCACAAGUCACUGACCGCCGAGCUCGCCGCCUCCCACCCGGAGAUCCGCACCAUCCUCGUCGAGCCGGGCCAGCUGUCGACCCCCCUCUUCUACGGCGUACAGACCCCACACGCCUUUGUCGCGCCCGUGGUUGAGCCCGUCGACGUCUGCAAGGAGGUCAUUGCCGCCAUCGACGCCGGCAAGAGCGCGCACGUCGCGAUGCCGCUGUACGCGAGGUGGAUUCACUGGUACAACGUACUCCCCGUCGCCGUCCAGCAGAUUGCGAGAAAGGUUGCGCGUGUGGAUACUUCCAUGCAGACGUUUAUCGGCAGGCAAGAGCGGGGGAUGAGCGAGAAGAACGGGAGUCUGAUCUAG